CAAUUUUGGCGUUCCCAACGACUGAAUAAUUAUUUGAGUCACAUUUCAACGGACAGGCGACAAGCAGCCGCAGCCGCAGCCGCCGUUUCUUCAUAUAUCAUCAUCUCCGCACGCGCCGAUGACCUCUACCCUACAAUGAUUCUCUCUACUUCAGCUUCUGCUUCUACUGCUAUCUUCGCCUACUCUAGGGUUUCUCCUGCGCCAACAAUCUCUUACUCCCUGCGAUCCGUCGGCCGAGUCGCCCGUUGUUCCUCUCUGCUUUUCUUCGCUCCCAAUCUCCGGGGAACGGCAAAGGCGCUUGAUGGUAAUAAGAGCUCCUUCAGCACUACGGCUGCUGCUGCUGCCGCCGUCGUCGACUCUGACUCGGUCUCCGCCUCUGACCACGGCGAUGUUUCGCCGGUUCAAACUUUUCUCGAUGCGCGAACUGAGCAAGAUUUGCUUUUGCUGAUACAGAAGGAAACUGAAGCUGGAAAAUUGCCAGCGCAUAUUGCUCAGGGGAUGGAGGAAUUGUACUACAAUUACCGAAAUGCAGUUGUCUAUAGUGGACACCCCAAAGCUAAGGAGGUUAUUAUAUCCAAUAUGGCCAUUGCUUUGGAUCGUAUUUUCAUGGAUGUAUUGGACCCAUUUCAAUUCUCACCCUAUCAUGAAGCCAUUCGAGCACCAUUUGACUACUACAUGUUUGGACAAAAAUAUAUUCGUCCAUUGAUUGACUUCAGAAAUUCUUUUCUUGGGAAUCUUCCUCUCUUCAAUGAGAUGGAAACUAAGCUUCAGCAGGGUGAGAACGUCAUUUUAAUCUCCAACCACCAAACAGAAGCUGAUCCAGCUGUUAUUGCUUUGUUGCUUGAAUCUACCCAUCCGUUUAUUGCUGAGAAUAUGAUUUACGUAGCAGGGGAUAGGGUGGUAACUGAUCCUCUUUGCAAACCAUUUAGUAUGGGGAGGAAUCUUUUGUGUGUAUAUUCAAAGAAGCACAUGAAUGACGACCCUAAGCUAACAGAUAUGAAAAAAAGAGCAAACACAAAAAGCCUGAAAGAGAUGGCAAUGCUUUUGAGGGGUGGAUCAAAAAUUAUUUGGAUUGCACCCAGUGGUGGAAGGGAUCGCCCAGAUUCUGUUACAAAAGAAUGGUAUCCAGCACCUUUUGAUGCUUCCUCUGUGGACAACAUGAGAAGGCUUGCAGAACAUGCUGAUGUUCCUAGCCAUAUAUACCCCUUGGCAAUAUUGUGCUAUGAUAUUAUGCCACCUCCACUUCAGGUUGAGAAAGAAAUUGGGGAGAAACGAGUGAUAUCCUUUCACGGAGUUGGUUUAUCAGCAGCCCCAGAAAUCAGCUAUAGGGACGUCACUGCAGCUUUCAAGGGUUCUGAAGAGGCAAAGAUUGCAUACUCCAAUGCACUGUAUUCUUCUACUUGUGAGCAGUACAACAUUCUCAAAUCUGCAAUAUAUGACCAUCAAUCUCUCCAGGCAUCAACUUCUGCAAUUUCUCUUUCCCAGCCAUGGCUAUAGCUUUCUUUUGAUUGAUUACAUAAUUUAUGACAGUUCAGAACACUAUUUAAAGUGGAGUGAGUUUCCAGUGCAUGCCAGUAUAUGGAGCUGAAUUGUUUGGAAGCCCAGAUCCUGCAACAGGCAAAGUCUUUCUCUUGAGUUUGACCUGACCGUUCAAACCUUGCUGAAGUUUCAUUAUCCACGAUUAAUUUACCCAAGAAGAUGCAUGAAUCAUGACUCAACUAGUCACAGUAUUUCCAAGCUUAUUGGGAAAAUAUACCAGGUAUUGGACAACUUACCGAGCUUUCCAUAGGUUUGAGAUUCUGUAUAGUCAUUAAAUAUUUACUUGUAUACAGUUCCGAUCCAGUGUAUCUUGUAUCAAAUUUUGUUGCUCCUGCUCAUACCUCCAAUAUUUUAUUUUUGAAUGAGGGUUGAAAAGAUAA